AUGCUACAAAUUACAAGAACCCUGAUAUCUAUUCAUAGGUUUGUACGCACACUGAAGAUGAAGGUCAGUAACUUGAGGCAUGUUGAAGGAUCUAUCGCCGAAGCGUAUCUCGUUGAAGAGACUGGUAAAUUUGCAUCGUACUAUUAUCCUCCUGAAUUUAUAUCAACUUGGAGAGAAGUCCCUCGAAAUGAUGAUGGCGGUGAUACGAGAGGUCAGAUAUCACUAUUUAAUUAUCCAGGUCGAUUCGUGGGAAGGCAAAGGGCAUCAAUUCUAGAGGGACGGGAUAAGAACGUUGCAAAGUGGUACAUUCAAAAUAACUCACCAGAGGCCGCUCCGUACAUAGAAAACUUUUCCAAAUGGACACGUUCGAAUAAUCCUUUAUGGUCAGAUUCUGAAGUUGAUCAACACGUUACGUCUGAGUUUCCUCAAUGGUUUGAGGAGUACUUCAUACAAAACCAAUCGGCUAUCCAUGAUGUUGCAUAUAUUUUAUCAAGUGGAGCUGCAAGAUUUGUCACCCAAUUCAGAAAAUAUAUAUAG